AUGUAUUCUAAUCGAUCAAUAAAAAGCAAUACAAGUCUUGGUGGUAGAACAUCACCAAAUUUUCAAAUAUCAAAAUCUGAUUUUUUAACAAAUCGUUCCUCAUCACCACCAUUAUCAAUAUCAAAUAGCCGUUCAUCAUUGUCUCGACAACAAGAUCGUGGAAAAAAUGAAUAUCCUGUGAAAAAAUUUAGUGAUGAUGAUAUCAAAUUUCAUAAAGUAGUUUUUGAACGUUGUGCUGAUUUAUCUAUACGACCCUCAAUAACAAAUCGUGAGAAAUUUGUUCAAGCUCUUAGUUAUGUUGGAUAUGACUUAUCGAAAACAACGAUUGAUCAAUUAUGGUCAGAUAAUCACGAAAAUAUAACAUUCAAAGUAUUUCAACGUAUUCUUAGUGAAGAAAAACCAAUUGAUGAACGAACUCUUGAAGAAGCAUUUGAAACACUUUAUAAUAAAGACCGAAAAUAUGAUUGGAGCGCAAUUGAUUUUACUAGAUUUCGUACAGAUAUGCUUGCGAAAGGUGAUCGUUUGACAGAAGAUGAGUUUCAAAAACUUCGUUUUUUACUCGGUACUGACGAUGGAAAAAUCGAUGUUAAAAAGAAUAUGCAUUCUUUACAAAUGAAAGGUGCCUUCUUUUGCGAAUAUUUCGAUUCACCAGCUGAUGCACUUUAUUUUUCAAUUGGUUAUUCGUUUGAAAUUAAAAAAGAUACACCUAUAUGGAUAACUCUUGAACCAACGAUUUCACGAUAUCAUAAAAAUUUAUCAUUUAAGAAUAUCGAUGUUCGAAUUCUUCUCUUUGAAAAAGUGCCUCGUUCAACAGAACGACGUCUUCUUUAUAUGAGUUCUGAACGAUCAGGGAAUAAAUCUUAUCUUAAAUUGGAUACAUUAUCAAAAGGUUCAUAUGAAAUUAUACCUGUUACAUUUGGUGGUGUACUUCGAGCGCGCUCAAAAGAAAUGAAUGAACGUACACCGAUAAAAACAUUGCGAGAAAUUAAAAGAGGAAAUAAUUUUAUUAUGAGUAAAGAUUAUCACGAUGCACUUGAAUAUAUAUUUGAUCUAUUUGAUUUUGAUGAUAAUAAACAACUUGAUCGAAAUGAAUAUAAUUUAUGGACAAUAAGAACAGCCGGAGAGGAGAUAACCGAUGAAGAUUGGUCAUCUAUUCGAGAAAAUGUCGGAUUGGAUAUUGAUGAAAAUGUUUCCAAAGACAAAUUUUUAAAAUUAAAUAAUUUUGAAGUACAAGAUGAAGAUACAAGUGAACAAGAUUUAUGGAAUGGUUUAAAAUCGUUAGGUUUUAACUAUGCACUUGAACUCGAUAUGAUGUGUUCAUUUAAUUUAACUGUACAUAUCAAUCAAUCUGAUCUACAUCUUAAACCAACAUCAUAUGUUGAAUUAGCGGAAAUUAAAAAAAUUCUUGUAAAAUUUUUAGAAAAUAAGGGACAAAAAAUAAAACUCAAUGUUUCAUCUGUUCAAUGUUUUAA